ACUGGGUGCAGUUUUUCAAGAUUAUUUUUUCUCCAGAAGAUUCCACCCUGAGGAUUCCGGAAGAGUUUGUGAGAAAAUAUGGAAAGAAUAUGCCAAAGGUGGGAUCUUUUGAGGUUCCAACAGGGGAAGUUUGGGAUAUGGAGCUGGUUCAUUCCCAAGGUCAUGUUUGUCUAGCCAAGGGAUGGAAAGAGUUCACUCAGAAAUUCUCAAUAAGAGAGGGCCACUUUCUGGUAUUCAGAUAUGACAGAAAAUCCCAUUUUCAUGUCAUCAUAUUUGACAAGAGUGCUACUGAAAUAGAAUACCCACAAUUCAAAUCUAAUGCUGGUGAUGAUGAUAAUGCCGGAUUCAAUGCCGCAUGCAAUUCCGAGUCUUACUCUGAUGAUGGUGAUGAUGAUGAUGAUGAUGAUGAUGAUGAUGAUGAUGAAAUCUUCCAGGAAGAAAUGGAAACAGAAUGCGUCCAAAACAAGAGAAAGAGGAAAGAAGGGUUUGGAUCCAAAGUUGUUGACGUCAACGGAUUGAAUUACAGAGUGAAGCUUGAAGAGUCACUCCACCAUGUUCAUGAGAGCUCACCUUAUCUGAAAUCAAAAAACAAGAGCAUUAGAGCAUACCGGAAGCAAUCUAACACGGAUAAAUGGAGAUCGGUUAGGAAGGAAACCAAUGCCAUUGAAAGAGCAAAAUCUUUCCGAUCAAAGAAUCCAUUUUACAUAUCCGUCAUGCACCGGUCUUAUGUUUCCUCUCCAUAUACAUUCUUAAGUUGGUGCUUACUGCUUACAUUCUUCCAUACAGAUGUCUUGCAAGAUCUUGCUAAUUUAGAGCCCAUUUAGUAACUAAAUAGAGCGCUGAAUUUUGUUAAAAUUAUAUGAUCAUCAUCAUCAUUACCCCAGUGCCGCAAAGGCUACCACCUACGGUGGUAAGGCGACGUCAUAUGUAAGCAGUCUUACCCCUACACUAAAGCAAAGAUAGACUGUUUGCUGAUGAUCCAUAGUGAAAAUCGCGUCGAAAAUUGCGUGAACUGACUGCCGCUUCAUAACAAAGAAGUGCAAACAGUUUACUGAACCAUUUUGCUUUAUUCAAUCAUAUUCUCAAGCCAAGAAAUAGUGAUUGUUUGGCUCCAUUGCAAAUGAUGAAAAAUAAGACAAAGUUAUAUGAAAAUAGCAAAAUUGAUCUUCUAGUAACUUCGGUCAAUUCAGCGAAAAAGUAACUUGAAAUUUAUCAAACGGACUCUUAGCUUAUACUAAUGCCUGUUGUUUUCAGAGCAUUCCCUUGUCAUUUGUUAAGAACCUCUUCACUUCAAGGCAUAACGAUUUAUUGCUAAUUUCGAGUGGGAGAUCAUGGUCCGCCAAAUGCACCGUAGGUAGAUCACCUAAUGUGAAGGUUAGUGGAUGGAAGGACUUCGUGUUAGACAACAAGCUGGAAAUGGGUGAUGUUUGCAUCUUAGAGGUUUUGAAAGGCGGAAGUCCAUUGAUCUUCAACGUCAUAAUAUUUCGGGCAGAUUGAUGAUGCGCAGUCUGGUAAUUUAGAAAAUAUUGGCGAACUCUGCGCAGUCUGAUAAUUUAGAAAAUAUUGGCGAACUCUUCAACAAACCGGGCAUAUGACCUCUUUUCUAGCUGCCGGCAGAAAGAAUUUUUCAGACGCGGAGUACACUUUUUGGUGUUUUAUUCCACUUUUAGUCCUAGGAGUUAAUUCUGCCUACAUUUAAUUCACGUUUUUCACUUUGUCCACGUUUGAUAUUUGACUAAUGUUUUUUGACUAUUUUGAUCCCUGCGUUCAUUUUUUCGACAGUGCUCCGAUGAUUUUAAUCAUCUGAAAUAUCAACGGAAGGAUCAUAUAUGGGGAAAAAAUAAUAUUCAUGUAUUAUAAGUGUUCAAAGUCAAAGAGGUAGACGGAUUGUAAAAUUGAUAUGAUACUCCUAGGAUCAAGAGUGAGAUUUAUGUAUAUAUGAGGACAUUUCUUCUGCUAUCUAUAAAGAGAUGGUAUCUUUUAUAUCACAUCUUU